AAUAUAUAUGUACACACGCAUAUAUAAACACUCAUACAUGAAUAUAUACACACAUAUGCAAACACAUUUACACAUCAUAUACAUACAUAUCAACACAUAUACAUACAUAAAACACACAUAUGUCAUACUUAUAUACAUACAUAA